AGGGGUUUGGGGGGUAACCCGCUAAAGAACUUCUUUCGCCUUUGCCUUUAUGGGGUAAGCUCUACCACCCACACAUCCAGGAUGUGGUGUUUCUUAUUACGGAAGAACACAUGGAGUACAACAAUCAUAUCCGGUAAUGUCCCACGGGAGUUAUGCUCUUAUGAUAGAAAAAACAGCAACUCCCUGUUGUCAUGGUCAGUAGCGAUCGUUAUUAGGUGAACGACAUGAUGUUGUCACUUUCGUCAGCCCAGCUGGGCGACCUCGCCGCAGUAUCGAGCAAGCUCAUCUUGCUCUCAAUCCUGCUUGUUCCGUUGGGUCUUCUGUCGUUGUACUUGCACAACACACCCUCCACCUGGAAGGACAGUCGACGAAAGAAUCUACCGCCCGGCCCCAAGGGUUAUCCAUUCAUUGGCAACCUUCUCGACCUUGCAGAUUCGGAACUCGUUCGAGCCAAGGCGAUAGAUUGGCAUCAACGGUUUGGAGAUAUUUUCUACACCAAAAUCGGUGGAACCGAUUACAUCUGGCUGUCAUCUCCCAAAGCGGUCAAGGAUUGUUUAGACAAGAAGUCGAAUAUUUAUUCGUCGCGUUCACCUGCGCCAUUUGCUCAAGAUGUCGCCAGUGGUGGGAAGCGACAGCUGUUUAUGAAUUACGGGCCUGCCUGGCGCAACCUACGAAAGUCAAGCCAUGCCUUGCUUAAUGCCAACAGUGCAAUCAAAUAUCAGCCCAUUCAGGACUUUGAAUCGAAGCAGCUCAUGGUCGAAUUAAUUGAUUCACCGGAGAAGUUCUACCAACACAAUCGUCGGUACAGUGCCUCUGUGGUUAUGCUGCUUACCUAUGGCUACCGACUUCCGAAAUGGGACCAUCCUCUUGUGAAGCAAAUCUACACUGUCCUCGACAACUUAACGGAGAUGACAGCUCCCGGGGCGCACGCAGUGGACAGUUUCCCUUCAUUAGCAAAACUUCCUCAGCAACUUCUGGGUAACUGGCGCUCACAUGCGGAAAAGGUCUUUGCCUACGAUAGUCAAGUCUACAUGGGGCUUUGGGAGGCCCUGAAGAAGGGAGUGGAUGAUGGCUCUGUGGCAGAAUGCUUUUGCAAAGACUAUUACCUCGCCGAUCCAAAGAAGCACGGUAUCGAUGAUCUGCAAGCCGCCUACAUGUGCGGUGGCCUUGUUGAGGCAGGCUCGGAGACCACAAGCACAACUCUGAACAACUUUGUCCUUGCGAUGCUCCUCUUCCCAGAGGCAACGGCAAAGGCACAAGAAGAAAUCGAUCGAGUCAUCGGCAGCUCUCGUAUGCCUACAUGGGAGGACGAGGCCGACCUUCCGUACGUCAGGGCUCUAGUGAAAGAGACGCUUCGGUGGCGGGCCGUGAACAAAUUUGGAAUGCCUCACUAUACCACCGACGAUGACUGGUAUGAGGGUUACUUUAUUCCGAAAAACUCUGUCGUCAUGCUGAACUGGUGGGCUAUCCAUAUGAACUCGGAGCUGUACAAAGACCCCGAAACGUUCGACCCGUCACGAUAUCUCGACAAACCACUCUCCGCGGCCGAGUACAUCAACGUGAACGAUCCCUAUGAGCGUGAUCAUUUUACUUACGGCGCGGGUCGUAGAGUGUGCCCUGGAGUGCAUGUGGCCGAGAGAUCGCUCUACAUCAACAUCGCCCGGACUUUGUGGGGAUUCAAAAUCACGAAACCUAUUGGAGCAGACGGAAAGCCCAUCGAACCAGACACAACGAUGAUUAGAGGCUUUCUCAGUGUGCCUAGACCAUUCCAAGCAGAUUUCACUGUCAGGUCACCCAGCCAUGCUGCAACGAUACGGAAGACAUUCGAAGCGGCAGAGAAAGAGGGUAUCAACAUUCAGCGUUCUAGGCUCAAUUAGCCCAUUGUGGCUUUGGCUGGGAGUUAGUCAGGAAUUUGUUUUUGUUUCCUGUGGUAGUCUCAUGGUAC